UUCUAUUGCGUCGUCCUAUUUUAUUUUCACCUCUGAAACCCUAGCUCCUCUUCAUAAACUCUCCUAGAUUCGUAAAUUCACGACUCGCCCUCAGAUCUCUCUCUAUUUUUGUUCAAUUGCGUGAGUUUUUUUCCUGAGGAUCUUCUAAUACCGAUAGAUCGAAGGAUUUCUUUGCGUUCCUGCCUUCUGCAAGCCGAUUCUAGUUUUCAUUACUUGAAAUCUUUGUUGUCUAUGGCCUCUUUGGAUAUGUCCUUGGACGAUAUGAUAAAGGGUAGAAAAAAUACUGUUAAAGGUGGCAGAGGGCAAGGCAGGCCGCGGCGCGGUCGAGGAGGGCCUGGAGGGUCAUCCCGAGGCGGAAGGCCUCCAUUUGGCGCUCCUCGCAGAAAUCCCCUUGGAGUGAAUGCUCGACCUUCAGCCUACACUAUUGCUAAGUCAUUCCGCAGAACCAAGAAAUUGCCAUGGCAGAGUGGUCUGAUUGAAGAAAGUCUUAAGGCAGCUGGGCUGUCAGGAUUGGAAGCUGGUACAAAGUUGUUUAUUUCGAACUUGGACGCUGGGGUUUCCAAUGAAGAUAUUAGGGAGCUGUUUUCUGAGAUCGGAGAGUUGGUUCGGUAUGCCAUUCAUUUCGACAAAAAUGGGCGCCCAAGUGGUUCAGCUGAAGUUGUUUUUGCACGACGGAGUGAUGCAUUUCAAGCACUUAAACGUUACAACAAUGUCCAAUUGGAUGGAAGGCCUAUGAAGAUAGAGAUAGUUGGUUCCAAUUCAGAGAUCCCAUUGUCGGCUCGUGUUAAUGUAGUGGGAGGAGCAAAUGGCAAGAAAAGGACAGUUGUCAUGUCGUCUGGACGUGGUCGCUCAAGAGGUGGUUUUGCACCGGCAAGUCGUGGUUCUGGACAAAGAGGUCGUGGAGGUUCUAUUACUGGACGCAGAGGUGCAGGUCGUGGCAGUGGACGUGGUCGUGGUGGAGGCCGUGGUCGCGGAGGUGCACAAUGGAGAAAGAAGGUUGAGAAAUCUGCUGAUGACCUUGACAAGGAACUCGACAGUUAUCACGCGGAGGCAAUGCAAACCUAGAGAUGGGCUCGAGCUAUUCACUUGUCGAGAUGUUUAGCUGUACAAUCUGGGUGUGCUUACAACUGCUGAAGUGUUCAAUCUUUUCAUAAUGCUUUGGAUGAUAUUUCUUUCAGUAGCUGGAUGAUGCAACUGUUAUCUUAAUAGUAAAGUUCUUUGCUUUUUAUAAAAUAAAAUACAGUAUGUUUAUAUGUUUA